GAGCGGCGCCGCGGGGAGCGCGCCAUGGCCUUGCCGGUGACCGCCCUGCUCCUGCCGCUGGCCCUGGUGCUCCAUGCCGCCGCGGUCCUCGAGUCAUUCUCGUUCCGGAUGUCGCCGGUGCAGGUGCAGGCUCGCCUGGGCGAGAAGGUGAAGCUGCACUGCGAGGUGCUGCAGUCCAGCAUGACGUCGGGCUGCUCCUGGCUCUACCAGAAGCCCGGGGCCGCCUCCAGACCCAUCUUCCUUGUGUACCUCUCCAGCACGCGGUCCAAGCCGGCCGAGGGGCUGGACACCAAUUACAUCUCCGGCACCAAGGCCGAGGGCGCCAACUUCCACCUCACUCUGCACCGCUUCCGCGAGGAGGACCAAGGCUACUAUUUUUGCUCGUUCAUGAGCAACUCGGUUAUGUACUUCAGCAAUUUCGUGCCUGUCUUCUUGCCAGCGAAGCCCACCACGACGCCGGCGACGCCACCAUCCACGCGGGCGCCCACCAAAGCGUUGCAGACUGUGUCUCCGUGCCCAGAGGUGUGCCGGCCCUCGGCGGGCAGCGCAGUAGACAGAAGGGGGCUGGAUUUCUCCUGCGAUAUCUACAUCUGGGCGCCCCUGGCCGGGACCUGCGCCAUCCUUCUCCUGUUACUGGUCAUCACGGUCAUCUGCCACCGUCGUAACCGAAGACGCGUCUGCAAAUGUCCCAGGCCUGUGGUCAGACAGGGAGGCAAGCCCAGCCCUUCAGAGAGAUGCCCCUAACAUGGCGAUGGGCCCUGCGUGACAGCCACUACAAGACUUCAAACUGAGAACUCUCCUGACAGGGAGAGCAAGAGUCCUUCCCUUUCGGUUUCUCCAGCCUUC